AUGCGGGUCGGUCCCGUGCGCUCUGCCAUGAACGGCGUCUCGCAGCCCCGCACUCCGGCCUUGCUGCUCGCCGCCGGCCGGGGCACCCCGGCCAAACGCCUGCUGGACGCGGACGACGCGGCGGCCGUGGCGGCCAAGUGCCCGCGUCUCUCCGAGUGUUCGAGCCCCCCGGACUACCUCAGCCCCCCCGGCUCUCCCUGCAGCCCGCAGCCUCCGCCCGCCGCCCCAGGGGCCGGCGGCGGCUCCGGGAGCGUGCCGGGGCCCAGCCGCAUCGCCGACUACCUGCUGCUGCCCCUGGCUGAGCGCGAGCAUGUGUCCCGGGCGCUGUGCAUCCACACCGGCCGCGAGCUGCGCUGCAAGGUGUUUCCCAUUAAACACUACCAGGACAAAAUCCGGCCUUACAUCCAGCUGCCAUCACAUAGGAACAUCACGGGCAUCGUGGAGGUGAUCCUUGGGGAAACAAAGGCCUACGUCUUCUUUGAGAGGGACUUUGGGGACAUGCACUCCUACGUGCGCAGCCGGAAGAGGCUGCGGGAAGAGGAGGCCGCCCGGCUUUUCAAGCAGAUUGUCUCUGCCGUUGCCCACUGCCACCAGUCAGCCAUUGUGCUGGGGGACCUGAAGCUUAGGAAGUUUGUCUUCUCCACCGAAGAGAGAACCCAGCUCAGACUGGAAAGUCUAGAAGAUACACACAUAAUCAAGGGAGAAGAUGAUGCUUUGUCAGACAAACACGGCUGCCCAGCCUAUGUGAGCCCCGAGAUUCUGAACACCACGGGGACCUACUCUGGAAAGGCAGCGGACGUUUGGAGCCUUGGGGUGAUGCUCUACACCCUUUUGGUGGGGCGCUACCCCUUCCAUGACUCAGACCCCAGUGCCCUUUUCUCCAAAAUCCGACGUGGACAGUUCUGCAUUCCUGACCACAUUUCUCCCAAAGCCAGGUGCCUGAUUCGCAGCCUCCUGAGACGGGAGCCUUCGGAGAGACUCACUGCCCCAGAGAUCUUACUCCAUCCCUGGUUUGAGUCUACUCCACAUGCCACAUCUAAGUGUUCACAUGCUACAGAGCAUAACCAAAACCAAAAACAAACAAAAUUCAGUCUAGUGAAAGGAUGGAACAGAAAACAAUAG